GCAAUCGUGUGAGAUUUAGUAGUACAAAUAUGCCCAAAAAGACGGGAAAAGGAAAGAAGAAAGUCAAGAAGAAAAAGUCGACAAAGUCACCUGAAACUACGACUGAGAUCGGUAAAGUCUCCAAUAAAACCAUGGUACAGCAAAUGGCUUCUGUGUCGUUGAGUCCUACACCCACACGAAAGAGCACUGCAAGAGAAAGACUCGUGGAAGCUGUACAGCAAGCUGAGAUGGAGAAAGAACGUAGAUUUAUGAAAGGGAAAAUCAGCAGCAAAGCAUAUGAACAACUCACACCUCAUGAGAUUAGAGAUUUGAGAAUAGUGUUUGACACAUUUGAUACAGACAGAAGUGGUUCCAUUGAUGCCAGAGAACUUCGAAAAGCUAUGAGAACUCUUGGCUUUAAGAUCCCAAAAGCAUCUCUGGAGGCAAUGAUAAGUAAUUUGGACACUGAUGAAUCCGGUGAAAUAGAAUUCGAUGAGUUCCUAGAUUUCAUUGUUUCGAGGCAGGCAGACAGUCGUGAUGUCCAUGAUGAAAUAUUACAAGGAUUCAAAAUGUUUGACACAGAUAAGUCAGGCCACAUAAGUCUAGAUGACCUUAAGAAAGUAUCAAGAUUAUCUGGAUUAAAGUUAAAUGAAAAGGAACUAAAAGAGAUGAUAUAUGAAGCAGAUAAAGAUGGUGAUAACCAAGUAGAUCAAGAGGAAUUCGUAAACAUGAUGUUAAAAACCAAUCUUUUCCCCUGAAGAAUUCAGGAAAAAAUUCUCCAGUCAUGAUGGCUUAAGUAAGUUAUGUACAGGAUCUGAAAGGCUAUUCAUGGAAGCCAGGAAACAGAUAAGAUAUAGCAUGGGAUCUGGGAAACUAGAAAAAAUCUUAGGCUGUGUUCAUGAUGUAUGGCAGAGGGGGGGGGGAGUGGCAGGUGAAAACUUGAAAUGUCCAGAAUAAUUCUCAACAUCCCCCCUUAAAGUCAUGCAAAAAAAUACGAUCCCCCUAAGCAAGGCUUGUAGCUUCUUCCAAAAAUUGUGCACCCCCAUUUUUCUGAUAAAAAUUUGCCCAUUCCCCUUUUUCCUAUCAAAAUUUUCCCGAUCCCCCCUCAAUAUCACCUGCUCCCCCCUCUGCCGUAUAUUAUGAACGCAGCCUUGCAAAAAAGCGUUUUCGCAUGUAUGAGAGGCUAGUUGGUCCAGAACAAUAGUUAUUCGAACAAAAAUUGUUCACCAUUUUUGAUUUGGUUUCAGCAUAAGCUGAAGAUAAAAAAAAGUUGGCAAUAUCUAGCGAUGAAGACUGCGUUUUCGUUUAUUUUCUUUGUUAUAUUGAGGACACUCUUACCCAAAGGGGAUUAUUUUAACACGACUGCUUGGUUUACAAGCAAUCUGUCACGUGAUCCAUCAGUGCGAAUGGUCUAUAAUAUUAAAUUUAGGUACGUGUGUGUA